AUGGAGCCACUACUAGGAGUAAAAGUUGGCUGCCUGUUUGCCCUGCUGGCUCUCACUCUGGGCUGUGGCCUCAUUCCCAUCUGCUUCAAAUGGUUCCUCAUUGAAGCAGCCACAGGUCGUCACCGCCAGGUCCUCAAACUCCUGGGCUGCACUUCUGCUGGUAUUUUCCUGGGAGCAGGGCUCAUGCACAUGACCGCUGAAGCCCUGGAGGGAAUUGAAUCAGAGAUCCAGAAGUUUGUGGUGCAGAACAGGACAGAAAGCGGAGGAAAUUCUUCAGAUGAUGCCGAUUCAGCUCAUAUCGAGUAUCCCUAUGGAGAGCUCAUCAUCUCCCUGGGCUUCUUUUUUGUCUUCUUUUUGGAGUCACUGGCAUUGCAGUGCUGUCCUGCGGCUGCUGGAAGAUCAACAGAGGAGGAGGAAGAACGGGGUGGGGCUCACGUCUUUGGACUCCACAGCCACGGACCUCUACCAUCACCCUCACGGGGUCCCCUUCGAGCCCUCAUCCUCUUGCUCUCACUGUCCUUUCACUCGGUAUUUGAAGGUCUAGCUGUGGGACUUCAGCCAACAGUAGCAGCUACUGUGCAGCUCUGUCUUGCCGUCCUGGCUCAUAAGGGGCUCGUGGUGUUUGGUGUAGGACUGCGGCUGGUGCAGAUAGGCACUGGAUCACGAUGGGCCAUGUUCUCCAUACUGUCCUUAGCUCUCAUGUCCCCCCUGGGCCUAGCCCUAGGGCUGGCUGUGGCUGGAGGGGACUCUGAAGGAGGGAGGGGAUUAGCCCAGGCCGUGCUAGAGGGUGUGGCAGCAGGCACUUUCCUGUAUGUCACCUUCCUAGAAAUUCUGCCCCGGGACCUAGCUGGUCCUGAGGCUCCUCUAGCCAAGUGGGGCUGUGUAUUUGCUGGUUUUGCCUUCAUGGCCUUUAUUGCCUUGUGGGCCUGA